AGGUUCACUAUUUUAAUGAAAGUGGACCGUGGUUUAAAACGGCGUCAGGUGAAACCUCUUGCUGCUUCACUUCUCGAUGCCCUGGAUUAUAACAGCUCAGAUGACAGUGACUUUGAAGUUGGAGAUGCCUCAGGAUCAGAUGGGACAGGCAACGGCAGCGACGAGGAAGGCGCUAAGCUAAGUGCUGCAGGUUCCGAAAGUGACUCGGACAAUGUGGGUUCUUUUGAUGAUGUUAUCGAUGAAGAAAAGACCAAAGAUCUGACUGCUGAGGACAACCCGGCAGAAGAUGAAGAGAAGUCGAAACAGCAGACCUCCUCAGACACCUCCACGAAAGACACCCCUGGCGUGAGUCCGCCCAAAGGCAGACGAAAGAGCAAGAAGGUCUUGGAGCCUGAGUCCAGUGCAGACGCCGGCAGUGUCUCUACCUUGGCGUCUAGGCUUGUCAAUGAUAAUGCUGACGUGUUUGAGACCGAGCCCAAAAAAUGGAACUUUCGCAGGAACCGUCCACUACUUGACUUUACAACCAUGGAGGAGCUGAAUGAGAUGGAUGACUAUGAUAGUGAGGAUGACAAUGACUGGAGACCCACAGCGGGGAAGAAGAAAGGCAAGGCAGCGACCCAAAAGGGUGGCACAGAGGAAGAAGAUGGUGGUAGUGCAGAUAAUGAUGGUGAUGAAGAUGAUGAUGACAAGGAUGACAAUGAUGAGGAUGACGACGACGAUAACGACGAUGAUGAUGACACUGACGACGAUGAUGAUGAUGAGGAGGAGGAUAAGGAAGAUGAAGAAAACAACAGCAGCAGUGAGAGUGACAAGGAGGUGAAGAAACUCAAGAAAAAGGCGAAGAGUGCCAAUGCUUUUGAUGAAGAAUUAACAAAUGACAGCAUGUCCCAAGGCAAAGGAAAUGAGGAUUCCUUGCUAGAUCGGUCCCAGACCUGGAGUGCCCAGCACAUCCUCAUCUGCUCGGUUUGCCUUGGAGACAACAGCGAGGAUGCAGAUGAGAUCAUUCAGUGCGACAAUUGCGGCGUUACUGUACAUGAAGGGUGUUACGGCGUCGAUGGGGAGAGUGACUCCAUAAUGAGCUCGGCAUCAGAGAACUCAACAGAACCUUGGUUCUGUGAUGCCUGUAAGAAUGGAGUGAUGCCAAGCUGCGAGCUCUGCCCCAACCAGGAUGGUAUCUUCAAAGAGACAGAUGCAGGGAGAUGGGUGCAUGUGGUAUGUGCACUUUAUGUUCCUGGGGUUGCAUUUGGAGACAUUGAUAAACUACGACCAGUGACGCUCACUGAGAUGAAUUAUUCAAAAUAUGGGGCCAAGGAAUGCAGUUUCUGUGAAGAUAAUCGCUUUGCCAGGACUGGUGUGUGCGUCAGCUGUGAUGCAGGAAUGUGCCGGUCCUACUUCCAUGUCACUUGUGCGCAAAGGGAGGGGCUCCUUUCAGAAGCUGCUGCAGAAGAGGAUAUUGCGGAUCCAUUUUUUGCCUACUGCAAGCAGCAUGCAGAUCGCUUUGAUAGGAAGUGGAAAAGAAAAAACUACUUGGCUUUGCAGUCUUACUGUAAGGUGUCUCUGCUAGAGAGAGAGAAGCAGCUCACUCCUGAAGCUCAGGCUCGAAUCACGACCCGCCUGCAACAGUACCGUGCAAAAGCAGAGCUGUCCAGGAACACCCGACCUCAAGCAUGGGUGCCGAGGGAGAAGCUGCCGCGGCCCCUGACCUCUAGCGCUUCAGCCAUCAGGAAGUUAAUGCGAAAGGCAGAGCUAAUGGGUAUCAGCACAGACAUUUUCCCGGUGGACACAUAUGACACCAAUGCUAGCAUGGAUGGACGUCGGAAACAUAAGCAGCCCGCCCUCACUGCAGACUUUGUCAAUUACUACUUGGAGCGUAAUUUGCGAAUGAUCCAGAUCCAGGACAACAUCUCUGAGCAGAAGAGCUUAAAAGACAAGCUGGAGAAUGAGCAAGACAAACUUCAUGUGGAGUACAACAGGCUCUGUGAAUCUCUAGAGGAGCUGUUAAAUGUCAAUGGAGAUCUGCGAAGUGAAGGCCAGGCUAUGUGGACUCUGCUUGGGGACAUCCUAGGCCAGGAACUAAACACUCCAGCUGUUUUAAAAGCCCCCAAAGAGAGGAAGUCUAGCAAGAAAGAGGAGGGAGCUCAAGGGAAACCAUCCAGCCUGCCAGCAAUUCUCUACAGCUGUGGCAUCUGUAAAAAGAACCAAGACCAGCAUCUGCUAGUGCUGUGUGACACCUGCAAACUCUACUAUCAUUUGGGUUGCCUGGAGCCACCACUGACACGCAUGCCCAAGAAGACCAAGAACAGCUACUGGCAAUGCUCAGAGUGUGACCAGGCAAGCAGCGAUGAAGCUGACAUUGCUAUGGAGACGCUACCCGACGGUACCAAGAGGUCCAGGAGGCAGAUCAAAGGGCCAAUCAAAUUCAUCCCGCAAGAGAUGUCGCCAGAGCCCAAACGACCUCAAGUUCGAGGCACGAGAACCAGAGGGCAGAAGAGAAAGAAUGUCCCCAUCUGUGAAGACCGAGAAGACAAGAUUGAGGAAUCACUGCCACGGGAGCGCAGACAUCGGCAGUCUGCCGUGCUCAAAAAAAACAAAGCAGACGACACAAGGACUGAGUGUGCAACCUGCAAAGGACCGGGUGACAAUGAAAAUCUUGUGAGGUGAGAGAAUGUCGUGAGAGCCGGGGCAGCCGCCUCGCCUGGCAUAAAAACUUGGGACAGAUGACCAUUGGCUAGAGAAAAAAACAAAAGGCAAAAUUGAGGCAUUUGAAGAAUGACAGUUGAUUCAGGAUGAAGAAGAAGAAGAAGCGAGAGAACAAGAGCGCCCCCUACAGCCCACAAAGAUCAACUGAUCCAAACUGGAUGAACCGCUGUGCAACGGAAAGCGACAGAAUCUGAAAUACAGAAUUGCUCUGGGCAUGAACUCGCUCGCAUCCUGAUUUGAACGGCUCAACUGCUGCUACCGCUAACGAACGAGGCUGAGAGCUUGUUCUUUUUUUGUAGCCGAUUUCAUAUAAUAUUACGCCUUUUUAAUUUUGGUUGCUUUGAUCAUAUUGAGCACCGCUAAGUAUGUGAUGUGAUGGACAUCAGUAAGUUCUCAAUCGAAUGAAGUCGAUGUCAGUCUGAUGCUAGAUGAGAACUUAUUGAUGAUGAAAUUGGAUCAUUGUAUUUAUUUUUUGUGUCACUAAUGACAACAGUUAUGCACUAAGCUGCCUUUUGGAUUCAACAAAAACAACUGAACGUGCACUGCAUUCCAUUUGAAUUGUCAUGAAGAAGUGGGUGGAGCAGUGGUUGCGGUUGCGAACUUGCGGUUGUUGGCCUUGAUAUGGAGGCGAAUUUUACUCGAGGGAGCAAGAAAAUGGACAGCUGCCAAAUGUAGACUAUGGAGUACAAAACUCCAUCAGGCACAGCAACAGCAUGUUUAUCUGCAUCACUUCUUGCUGAUGCAAUGGAAAAGGGGCGUAACACAUUAAGUACCCAUCUAUACAAGUACAGUAAACCCACAUCGCGGGGAUUGCGUAAGCACAUGCCUACUAAAAAGAAAGUGUGCUCUGCUUGAAUGAUGUAAACAACAGCCGAUGCGAACAGGCGAUUUCCUGCCGUAAGCAUUGGCACCGUUCCUCACCCUGACGGUCCCGCCAAUGCAGUCGGCGAAAAGCGUUGCGGGGAAUCCACAAUUCAUUGCGGUGAUGGUUUUAACUACAGUACUGUAGUUGAAGAGAAUCAAGCUCAACAUCGCUCUUGCAUUUGUGCAUGCCGCCCGCUAUUGUUAUGAAUGUGUGCGGUGGCUAAGGUUGGUACUUGUUCAUUCAUUUCAUAAACUUCUGACUUCUGGCUUUCUGGUCGUGUUCUUUGUAUCCUCAAGCGAUUGUGUCACUUGCCAAUUGUUUGACAUGAGAGUAGUCGCUAAGGUUUCUUUUAUCCGCUACGAAUAAGAGCCCCGUUACCUUAUGUGAGUCAUUGCUGCCAAACUAAAAUGAUAUCGCCGCUAAAGCUAACUGUAUCGGAGACGUGUAGCUGAGUAACUGCGCUACAUUGACCCAUAAAAAAAAAAUACCCGCAAUAAGCAAACUGCCAUAUUGCGAGAGAUGACUCUCAAAGUAUUUAGAUGGAGGUAAAAUUCACUUCCAACAACCUUGCAUGUGUGACUGCCUGUGCCUUGAUUUGAAGUGGAAGGCCAGAGUUGUUUGAGGGAAGCUUGUCGUGUGCAAUAUACAAAAAUAGUCCUUGUGCGUAGUGAUUGCAUUAGAUUAAUACAAAUGUUAUUGUACUUGGGUAUUUAGAAGUCUUCCUCAUGUGUCAUAUCCAGAAGUUGACAGCUGCCUGGCUUGUCUUCAGAAAGAAGCCCAGCUUUGUCUCCAAGUCCCUGGUGGUCCCUCAGUCAAGGCUGUCAAAACAGCUACUUUUUCCUCAUUCAAGGCGCCAGAUAAGUGUCAAAGUGUGCCCCCAAAUGUCACUUUGUGGAGAAAGCUUUUGGCUCCAAGAAUGCCCACGGUGUUUGCUGCUUUUGCGAGCAACCAAUUCCGUUGGCCUUUGCAGAUGCAAGCUUGAUUUUGCUCAAUCAUAACAUGUCAUUUCUCAUACAUUGUCUAAUAGCUGAUUUCCAUGCAACCUGCAAAUGUAAUUUUUAACUGAGCAAUCCUUUAUAAGUGGGUUGAAGCGUAGCUAACUCUAGUGAUCCUUGUAUUUUGUUUGUGUACACGUAUACUUGAUUAAAAAUCAUAUUUGUUAACAUGAA